CUGAAAGUCACCGUCAGAAGUGUGACGAGCAGAGGAGCCCGAAUUAAACAUCUGACAGCAAAGCACAAGGAGACAAAGACCAACUUCAAGAGAAAGGAGCAGAGGAUGUCCAGAGCUGACUGGUCCUUCUUGGAGCACCUGCUGGAGGAGGGCCAAGAGUAUUCCACAGGCGUGGGCCGGAUCUGGCUCACCGUGCUCUUCUUGUUUCGCAUGCUGGUACUGGGAACCGCUGCCGAGUCCGCCUGGGAUGACGAGCAAGCCGACUUCGUCUGCAACACUCUCCAACCCGGCUGCACCGCUGUCUGCUACGACAAGGCUUUCCCUAUCUCCCACUUCCGCUACUUCGUUCUCCAGGUCAUCUUCGUCUCCACUCCCACCAUCUUCUACUUCGGAUACGUGGCUGUAAGAGCGAGGAAGGACAAGAGAGGCAAGGAGGACGACGAGGAGAAGCGGACAGAAGGAGGGGAUGUGGACAACGUGGCAAAGCGGACUGGAGAACAUUCUUCUUCUGAUGCUCCCAAGCUGAAAGGCAGGCUGCUGUGCGCGUAUGCAUUCAGCAUUUUCUUAAAAGUCCUCCUGGAAGCCGGCUUCAUGGUGGGCCUGUGGUUCCUCUACGACGGCUUUUUCAUUGCAGCAAAGUUCGAGUGCGUAACACCCCCAUGUCCUCACACUGUGGACUGCUUUGUCUCUCGGCCCACUGAGAAGACGAUCUUUACUAUUUAUACUCAGGCAAUCGCUGGCAUUUCCCUUCUUCUCAACCUCAUCGAGCUCCUUCACCUACUCCAGCUAGGCAUCGGCCAUUGUUUGGAGAAACGCUACCGCCACGCAACAUGGGUAGGCCAGGUACCACCCCAAGAGGUACUCCCAAUGGAGGUGCUACAAUCACACAAAGAGGGAAGCCACGUUCACCUCCCCGCACAGGGGGAGGAUCCACGCUACACCGGUCCUUGUGAGAGCAAUGGGGACCUGACAAUCGAGGUGAACUGGGGCCCCGGAGGGGCUGGGGGUGACCUCCUUCCCAGUUAUAUUAACUGCAUGGCGGGGAUGAGGAGCACACAUUCUCCUAGAGUCCUACAUCAGGGCCAUGGAAAGCACAUUGGGAAACCCCACAAAGGAACCCAUAAGGGACAGUCGAAACAGAAGCACUACGUAUGACAGUCAGGUGAGGAUGCUGUGCCGGUGAAAACAACAAAAAAGAAGUGCAACUCUUCACAUGACACUGCCUGCUGGGGGCUCAAACAAGGGAAGAAAUGAAGAAGAACAACAUCACUCUGUAAACCCAAUUCCUCCGAGGCAGGGGCACAUUCAAACAGAGAUUUAGCAGAUAAAUGGACCUAUUCAGAAGAAAACAUUUUAAGAACAUUCCCCCCAGGCAAAGAAAUUGAGAGCAGAUUGCAGUCAUGAGACGCCUUCAUGUUACAUUUAAUGGCUUUUAGCACUGAAUGUGACAGUGGAAAAACACUGCGG